AUGCCGCCCCCGCUGUCCUCCUUCGCCGCGGGGUCCCUGCAGCCGCCGUACCCCGGCGCCGCGGCGGCGACCGACGGGCAGGCGCAGGCAACAGGGCUGGUCGUGGACCCCGCGUGGCGGCCGCCAUUCCCGGCGCCGCAGUACGAUCCCGCGUGGCAGCAGGCCGCGGCAGCCGCAGCCAUGGCCACUGCGCCCCCGCCCAGCGCCGCCGCGCUGGCGUACCCGGCCGUGGCCGCGCCUGCGGCGGGGUCCCCCGGGGCGCCGCCGCCGCUGGCGCCUGCGCUGCCGGAGGUCAUGCAGGGACUCGCCCCGCCGGUGGCGCCUGCGGAGCCGCCGAGCCUGCCCCCGCCGCCCAGCCACGAGGCGGCCGUGCCGGCGGCGGCCGAGGAGCCGCCGCCGGGCUCCUAG